ACUAAAUCGUUCCCAACUUUGCUUCAGUUUGGUACAUCCCUUCGCAUUGUCAUAUUUCUCAUCAUACAGAAAUUGUAUUGAAAAUUUCCAGUUUUUCGUGGUUUAAAAGGAAUUCAGCUGGAAAAUCAUGGCGGAGGCAGCCGUAGAAGAGCCGAUAACACAUGCGAGAUUUUACUGUCAUGUAUGCCACGUGGAAUUCCAAAACAGACCUAAUUCUUUUACAUGUCCCCAUUGCGCUGAUGGGUUCGUCGAAGAACUAGGAGACAACUCAACACCUUUACAAUUCGACGAAUCUUGGGAACGAAUUUCAGACACGAGUGAGCCGGAAUAUUUGCAUAGUGCACUACUGGGUCGGCGAGCAUCAGAGAACGGAGGACCGAUGGAAGGAAGGUAUAGCGGACUUCCAAGAACGCUGACUCGUCUGGCAUCUUCAAAUCUGAGACAGCAACAUCCCAUCGAGCACUUAGUACACGACUUUAUCAUUAAUUUGGGGGUAGGUGUGAAUUUAGGUGGACCGGGAAAUGUACAACUUUUUCUGGGAAACCCCGGGGAUUAUGCUUGGGGUAGAGAAGGCCUAGAUGCCAUAGUAACACAGCUUUUGAAUCAAAUGGACAGUACAGGUCCUCCGCCAGUGUCUAAAGCUGUAAUAGAUGCUUUGCAAGUCGUAGACGUAACAGGUGAACAAGUCGCUCAGCAUCUACAAUGUUCCGUCUGCUGGGAGCAUUUUACCGUGAAGGAGCAAGUGCGACAACUGCCCUGCCUACACAUAUACCACGAAGGCUGCAUAAGACCCUGGCUUGAGCUGCAUGGUACUUGCCCUAUUUGCAGACAAAAUCUCACCGAUGGGGAAGAUAGCAACCCGAUCAGCAGCGACCAAACGGGCGUAGAAGCUGCGACUGGGCAAGCCACAAAUGUUCAAAAUGUGCUCCGUUCUCUUUUUGGCGCAACACCGUCUGGAAGUCAAAGUAAUCAGAUGGACCAAUCCGAAUCCAGCAGUAAUAGUCCAACGUCAUACGACGGCGGUAACGUCUUCUAGCUUGAAUGAUGAAUUGAGAGUGUUUGUAUAAAACAAUAUCGUAUUAUUUCAGUAGGUUAAUACAUUCGCUGCUGGUUCAAUAAAAUUACGCUCUUAGGAAUUUCGACUGCGCGCUGCAAACAAUGCAAUACGUUUAAGAAAGGUACUAUUCUCAAUUGUGACUUCCUUGAUUGCAACAGAACGAAAUAUAUUGGCACACAUUUUCUGAUUAAUAAUGCAAAAGUUCGUAUUUCCUGAUUGCAAAUUAGCCAGUUUUUAUCUUGUGAUGAGAAGCAUUGCUUAAUGAUUUUUUUCUUUCUAUUACUAUUUAUUCGAUUACCGUGUGAGCAUCGUAUAGUAGUCGAAACCCUCAAUUGAUUUUCGAACUUAAAUAAAUUAUUGUAUAAUGUGAUAAAAUUAGAAUAAACUUUGUUAAGCAUG